UAAACGGAAGUUGCAUCACAGACGAGCCAAAAAAGAAUUUAUAGAGAAUGAGCGCUGUCUGUGAUGCUGUUGUGGCCCUCUGUGGUCCUAAAGCUUUCCUAGGGUGGUGGAAAAACUGAAGUUCCUGAGCAGCUGUGACGGAAGGGACCGGUUCUGCGCUGGGCGUCAGGAGAACUGUUGCUGAAGAAAACCAGAAAAUCUGGCAGGGGUCGCGUGAGGAGUUGGAGACUUCAUAUUCCCUUUGUGUUUCGCACAUAAGAGGGAGGGCGAAUCGGGCCGGAUGGAUUAGAGCCUGGCUUUCUCUGCUGUUCUUCCUCUUGCAUUUGACAACAUGAGUGGAACGCAUAGAGGCAGAGGAUUUGGGCGAGGCAGAUUUCAAAGCUGGAAAAGAGGAAGAGGAGGUGGGAACUUCUCAGGAAAAUGGAGAGAAAGAGAAUGCAGACCUGGCCUGAAUAAAACCACUGGAAAACAAACCUCUGAAUAUACCCCACAGCCUUUGCUACUGCAGUCAACAUUGGAUCAAUUCAUACCAUAUAAAGCCUGGAAGCUUUAUUUUUCUGAAGUUUACAGUGAUAACUCUCCUUAUAUUGAGAAGAUUCAAGCAUUUGAAAAAUUUUUCACAGGACGUAUUGAUUUAUAUGAUAAGGAUGAAAUAGAAAGAAAAGGAAGUAUUUUGGUGGAUUUUAAAGAACUGAUAAAAGAUGAUGAAAUAACAAACUUCAUACCGGAUAUAGGAAAUGAACUAAGGGAUGCACCUGAGAAAACCUUGGCCUGCAUGGGUCUGGCGGUACAUCAGGUAUUAACUAAGGACCUCGAAAGGCAUGCUGCUGAAUUACAAGCCCAAGAAAGAUUGUGUAGUGAUGGAGAAACAAUGGUAAAUGUGCCACACAUUUACGCAAGGGUGUACAACUAUGAGCCCUUGACACACCUGAAGAGUAUUCGUGCAAAUUACUAUGGAAAGUACAUUGCUCUGAGGGGGACAGUGGUCCGCGUCAGUAACAUAAAGCCUCUCUGCACCAAGAUGGCUUUUCUUUGUGCGGCUUGUGGAGAGGUUCAGAGCUUAUCUCUUCCAGAUGGAAAAUACAGUCUUCCCACAAAGUGUCCCGUACCUGCCUGUCGUGGGAAGUCAUUCACUCCUCUCCACAGCUCUCCUCUUACAGUUACCGUGGACUGGCAGUCGAUCAAAAUCCAGGAGCUCAUGUCUGAUGCUCAGCGAGAAGCAGGUCGGAUUCCACGAACAAUAGAAUGUGAGCUCGUUCAUGACCUUGUAGAUAGCUGUGUCCCAGGAGACACAGUGACCAUUACCGGAAUUGUCAAAGUCUCAAAUGCUGAAGAAGGAUCUCGAAACAAGAAUGACAAGUGCAUGUUCCUUUUGUAUGUUGAAGCAAAUUCAGUUAGCAAUAGUAAAGGUCAGAAAACAGAGACUUCUGAGGACGGCUGUAGACAUGGAACAUUGAUGGAGUUCUCACUUAAGGACUUCUAUGCCAUCCGGGAGAUUCAAGCUGAAGAAAACCUGUUUAAACUCAUCAUCAACUCACUUUGCCCUGUGAUUUUUGGUCACGAACUUGUUAAAGCAGGUUUGGCAUUAGCACUCUUUGGAGGUAGCCAGAAAUAUGCAGAUGACAAAAACAGAAUCCCAAUUCGAGGAGACCCACAUGUUCUUGUUGUUGGAGAUCCAGGCUUGGGAAAAAGUCAGAUGCUACAGGCAGUAUGCAACAUUGCUCCACGUGGUGUGUAUGUCUGCGGUAACACCACGACCACCUCUGGGCUGACUGUAACUCUUUCAAAAGACAGUGCCUCUGGUGAUUUUGCUUUGGAAGCCGGCGCCCUGGUACUUGGCGAUCAAGGCAUUUGUGGAAUAGAUGAAUUUGAUAAGAUGGGAAACCAACAUCAAGCCUUGUUAGAAGCCAUGGAACAGCAAAGUAUUAGCCUUGCAAAGGCUGGUGUGGUUUGUAGCCUCCCUGCAAGAACUUCAGUUAUUGCUGCUGCAAACCCAGUUGGAGGACACUAUAAUAAAGCCAAAACAGUUUCUGAGAAUUUAAAAAUGGGGAGUACCCUGCUCUCCAGAUUUGACUUGGUCUUUAUCCUGUUAGACACUCCAAAUGAGCAGCAUGAUCACUUACUCUCUGAACACGUGAUUGCAAUAAGAGCUGGAAAGCAGAGAGCUGUUACUAGCGCCACAGUAGUUCGUGUGAAUAGUCAAGAUUCAAAUACUUCUAUACUUGAAGUGGUUUCUGAGAAACCAUUAUCAGAAAGACUAAAGGUGGUUCCUGGAGAAAUAAUAGACCCAAUUCCCCACCAGCUAUUGAGAAAGUAUAUUGGCUAUGCUCGACAGUAUGUCUACCCCAGGCUGUCAGCAGAAGCUGCUCGAGUUCUUCAAGAUUUUUACCUGGAACUUCGGAAACAGAGCCAGAGGUUAAAUAGCUCACCAAUCACUACCAGGCAGCUGGAGUCUUUGAUUCGGCUAACAGAGGCACGAGCAAGGUUGGAAUUGAGAGAGGAAGCAACCAAAGAAGAUGCUGAGGAUAUAGUUGAAAUUAUGAAAUAUAGCAUGCUAGGAACUUAUUCUGAUGAGUUUGGGAACUUAGAUUUUGAGCGAUCCCAGCAUGGUUCUGGAAUGAGCAACAGGUCAACAGCAAAAAGAUUUAUUUCUGCUCUCAACAAUAUUGCUGAAAGAACUUACAAUAAUUUGUUUCAAUUUCAUCAACUUCGGCAGAUUGCCAAAGAACUAAACAUUCAGGUUGCUGAUUUUGAAAAUUUCAUUGGUUCACUAAAUGACCAGGGAUACCUCUUGAAAAAAGGCCCAAAAGUUUACCAACUUCAAACUAUGUGAAAAGACUUUUAUCAACUCAGGACCUUCUGGGUUUAUUGCCAUCUUAAGUUGUCUCAAUAGUGAACACUAUGCCAAAAAAAAAAAGUUUCUUGAAAAAUGUUGUUCCGAAAGUAAAUAGGAAAAAAGUGUUAAGAUUUGGUCAACUAAUUUAAAAAUUAAAAUGUCCUAUGCUGUUAAUGUUUUAUAACUUCUCCCAAAGGCUAAAAAUAACUUAUUUUUUUCUAAAUGAUAUACAUUAUUUAUGGUUAUACUUUUGACUUAUUUGUAUGAAUAUUUCAUAGUUCUUCAUAUCAAAUGUUCAUCAGGGUAAGCAUUCAGAUAACAUCUAAACAAAUGAGUAUGUCUGUGUGCCAAUAAAACUUAUUCAACAUGGAAAUUUCAAUUUCAUAAAAUUUUCACUAAAGUAUAAAGUAUUUUUACUUUUUU